UUGUGCAAUGUAUCUUGUAGUAUAAUCCUUUUUUGCACCUGUCUUGUAUAGUACCAUAGACUAUUUUAACAAUUAGAUACAACGACCCAUGAUGCACAGUGCGGCAACACUGUUUUUAUAGGCUACAAGACUUCUACUUUAAUAUUGAAGUUCAGUGGAGUAUAUACUUCUGCUGUUGAAAUUUCUCCAGCAUAUAUUUCUAAUUCUUUUAAUAAUUAUAUCUAAACAGUACACGAAUAUGAUGAUUGUGUAUUGAAUAGAUGCAUUGAGACGUAUAAAUGACAAAAGAGUUCAUGCGUGGCUCUCGAAUUUGCAAUAUUUAUAGUGAUUUUAAACAAACAUGAGUAUGAAAGAAAUUGCUUCUGAAUGUAAUCAGUUUUUGAAACUGAGAACACAUACACGUUAAUAAAAAUGAGAAUAUAAAUAUUCGUAUUUGUAUUUAAAAAGGUGUGCUACAUUUUCUUAUCCAAGGAGUAAACAAACUGUGACUCAUUAUCAUUUUAGAUUUCGACAUUGUCAUAUUAUUGUAUGGCUGCAAGAAUAUGAACAGAAUUGAAACACGAUAAUGGAGGAGGUAAUCGAUCAAACUAUUGCUACAGAGCAAACAUCGGAAGAGUGUCUGAGUCAUGAGGAAGAAGACAUUAAAGUUAUCAUACCCAUUAACGAAGGAAUGUUAAAACACGAAAACCAGGAUAACGAGUGUCUCGAAAAUAUUACAACGGUGGAGCAUGAUUAUAUAUUACAGCAGGAAUGUGUACUAUCUAAUGCAAAUGAACAGGAGCAGGAACAACAACAGCAUCAUCAUCAUUAUCAACAUCAACUUACCUCCGGAGAAUCGUUUCAACGCGAAGAUUACACGGAGUAUGUAAAUCUUUUGGUAAAAGCAGCGGAUGCAACUAUAAAACAGGACGAAGCAAAAGAUGAAGAAGAAAAAUUGGAUAUUACGAACACGGAUGUUCAGCCAGAAGCAGAUUCUCAGUAUCAAAAUGAAACGAGAAGAAGCAAACGUAAAUUAGUUCGACGAAUCUGUGAGACCAAACGGGAUUCUGACGAAGAAAAUUACUUUGAAAAUUUGAACCUAAGCUCAAGAUUAAAGAAAGACCAAUCCUCCGAUCAAUCAGAGAAAAUUUUUCUAUGUUAUCUGUGCGACAAGGAGUUUUUGUCAAAGAAUGUUUUGAAGGAACAUAUGCAUUCGCAUGAAGAAGUUCGAAAGGUAUUGUCUUUGAAAAGAACGCCAGAUACGCCACAAAAAGACAGUUACAAUGUUGCGAAAUCACCUCCGUCGGGUAAAAGAUCAAACAAAUGCCCAUAUUGUGGUAAACAAUAUAUAUAUAUAACCUCGUUUAGUAAACAUUUGAAGAAACAUGAGAGAGAGAAAGAGGAAGGAAAAGAAGAUUCGAUGCCCCUGGAAAUAUCAUUCCACGAGGAUGAACAUAGUUUAGAUCUUGAUGAUUAUAAAGAUGCACGUCGAAAUUUGAAUACCGAGUAUCGAAAGAAAGUCAAACAAAAAGAGAUGGGCCAAGACGACCAUGGAGAGGAAGAACAAGGGAAUAGGGUAAAAAAUUGCAAUGACGGUGGUGGUGGCGGCGAUGACGAUGGCGAUGGCGAUGACGGCGGAGGUGAAGGCGAAGGAAGAGAAGGAAACAACAAUAACAACAAUAAUGAUGAUGAUGUUAACGAUGAUACCGAUGAUUACGAAUACGAUGACUGUGAGAACGGCAAACGACUGGGUAAUUCGAAUAGAAAGGAGGAACAGGAAAGUCGCACUGUUCGUACAGAAACAUUUGCGUGCGAUAGGUGUACAAAGAAAUUUUCUACGAAACGUAGCUUGCGAAAGCACGCCAUUUCGCAUACUCUACUCAAUUGUAGCAUAUGCGAAGACGAAUUCGAUUCACUGGAGAAAUUAAGAAAUCAUCGUGCGAAACAUGUGGUUGAAGGUGUAUUAACCGAGCAAGAGCUCGAGAUGGAUAAAGAAUAUGCGAUCAAGAAGGAAACUCUUGGGUAUGAGAUAGGGAAUAAAGAAAGCGCAGAAAAUGAUGAUGGGAUAAAAGACGAACCAAUGGCAGGGUUGUUAGAGAUAGAGAAUAAUUCAGCAAAGAAAAACGAUAGAAAUACAGAGAUUCAUCGUCAUUCGGGGAUCAAUCACAGCUGUAAGAUGUGUUGUCAACAAUUUGCAACGAAGGAAAUGUUGCAAAAGCAUAUGGAACAACAACACGAACGUGUGAAAACUUACAAGUGUACGCAAUGUAACAAGACAUUCGGUAAUGAACUUACUUUACGUAAUCAUCUUAUAGCCACUAAUCAUAAAACUUUCCUUUAUGGCCAAGAAUAUGAUCCUAAUAAACGCAUUAAAAGAGUCGCUGCGAGAGCCGCGCAAAAAAUUAUCGAUAAAAUUAAAACAGAAGAUGGUUUGGAAGACUAUGACGAGGAAGAGGAGAAUAACGAUAGAAUUAAUCGCGUUAAUUCUACGGAUGGUAAUUACACUCGGAAUAAGCGAGAAAUUUCUUCACAGAGAAGGCAUAAUUAUAAGAAAGAAUUGGAAUGUGCGAGUUGCAAUAAAAGAUGCAGUUCAAAGCAAUCGUUAACGAAACAUAUGGAGCAACAUGUAAAAGAUGAACAACAACGAGUAAUCAAGUCGGAAAAACAAAAACAAUCGGCGGAGAAGAAAGAAUGGCAAAAAGACUAUACCAACGAGAAGAUCUAUCAGAAAGAGAAUAGAGAUGACGAUUACGAUUCGGAUUUUGAGAGUGGUUUAGAUUGGCCGAUGGAUAAUCACGAGUGCGCCAAGUGCAAAAAACGAUACAGCACGAAAAAGUCGUUGCUACGUCAUCAAUUGUUGCACGAAGAGCCAAAUUUCGAGUGUGAUAUUUGCAAUGUCAAGUUCUACCGCAAAGACAAAUUGAAAGCUCAUUAUGAUAAGUGUUCAGAGAAGAACCCCGAUCAAGUGAGAAAGUGCAACAUCUGCGGAGAUACGUUUGAGAACAAUGAGAUUCUACGAGAACACAGAUCAAAACAUGUUACCGAGGGUAUCCUUACGGAGGAAGACUUAAGAGAUAUCGAGCCGCGACCUGAGGAAAAGAAGCCGGGCGAAAAAAUUGGUAGAAAGAGAAGAACUGAUAUCGUGGGUUUGGAGUGUACGGAAUGUAACAAGCAGUACACAUCGAGAAAAGGGCUUUUACGACACAUUCAAGUCCACGAAGGAAAAAAAUACCUGUGCGACAUAUGCCCAAAAAAAUUUUAUAGAAGGGAACAUUUAAAGAUACAUGUAGCCAAACAUAAUAUGAUCAAACCAUACAAAUGUACACGAUGCACAAAGCGUUUCAUUAAAGAGGAACAGCUAACGAAUCAUUUGUCAAAACAUGAUCGGACUUUCAAGAAAAACAAAGAAACGGACAGCUCGAAAAGAUUUCUUUGCGAAAUCUGUUCAAAGAGUUUCACGCAAUCGACGACUCUGAUCGCACAUCUUAGGGCGCAUAAUGGCAUAAAACCAUACGUUUGCGAGGUUUGUUCGCGGCCGUUCACGACCAACGCUUACUUGAAAAUGCACAUGAGAACGCAUACGCAAGAACGGCCGUAUAUUUGUCAAUAUUGUUCGCGAGCAUUUGCUAGAGCUGAUACGCUCGCAAAUCAUUUGACUUCCCACACAGGUGAGGCCAAGUAUCAUUGUAAAUACUGUCCAAAAAAUUUCCGUCGUUUGAAAUCGCUGAAGGAGCACGUUUUCAUUCACACUGGUCAAAGACCCUACGCCUGCCCAACCUGUGAUCGGCGGUUUAACAACAAUGGAAGUCGAUACGCUCAUAGUAAAAGGUGUAAACAAACUUUUGUGCAAAAUCAGAAUCGCGCUCAAGCAUUGUCGGCGCAGGUACAAACUCAACAAACUCCGCAUACUCAACAAACAAGAGUGCUGCAACAAACCACUCUUGAACAAGGGCAAAUAGUAAAACCACAGAAUAUUAAAACUAUUACCAUCACCAAACAACCUGAAUCAGUCACCACCCAACAAACGGUUAUGCAACUUCAGGAGAUAUUGAUGCCUUUGAUCCUUCCUCUUACGGUCACCCUUACUGACGUCGGUGAAGAAGUAAUAUUACCAGAAGGAACCAAAAUAUUUACCACGUCAUAAAUUGACGUACAACUUUUCUAUGUAUUUAUUGAAUUCUUUCUUUGAUUUCCAUCCACAAAACCAAAACUUUCUUUCUCAAUAUUACACGAAAUAAAGAGAGAGAAAACGAAGAACAGCAAGAUAAAAAUGUAAUUUUUAAUUACUGCUGUUUUUUGACUUUUGUAUUAUAUGUUGUAUAUCUUUGUUUAUAUUUAAGUAUGAGUCGUAGCUGUAUAUGGGAAUUGGGUAAAGUUGUUUAGUGUAUGAAAAGUUUAGAGCAAACGAAAAGAAAAUAGAAAAGCAAUUGGAUAAAAAUUUUUUUUAUAUACUCUGGUUUUGUUUUAAGUAUGAAAAGAAACAAAAUGUUAUAUUUUUAUUUAUGUAUAUACACGCACAUACGUUUUAUUUGAACAAAAGGUACAAGUAUAAGAAUAUAUUUUAUUGUUGAAUUUCGCUAGAAAUUAUUAGAUGUUUCGCCUAAUUCUAUGAUGUUGUUUUAAAAUGUAGAAUGAUCUUAAUUCUUUUUAAAUUUAUCCUAAACAGAUCUUUCAUUGAUAUCUAUAAGAUAUUGUAAUUUAGUAAAGCGCCGCUUAGCCUUG